CAACUAGGGAGUUUGGAAUAGUGCAUGGAAGCAAACUAAGACACUCGCAUCCUUCCAGCAGAAAUCUGUGGAUAAAAUUCUCGCACCAUUUUUUCCCCCUCCUGCAUUUGCUGUGGAGUUCCCCGCUGUACCUGUACCUGUACCCGUACCUGUACCCGCACCUGCACGAGACUGAGUCUGGAUAUUUCAUGUAGUGGAAUGGUACAUCCGGGAGUGAGAGAAAAUCAAAGUUUGGCUUGUGAUGCAAAGGUGAACAGAGACGUGAGCAUUUCAUUAUGGAUGUUAUUCCCGUAUGAAGAAGUGUUGGGUCCCGGUGGAUUUGGCGCUGAAUGAAGAAAAAAGCUGUUCAAUGCGGAUAAACCUCAGCAAACCUCAGCAAACCCCGCGCGCAUUUUAUUCGAUAUGAAGUCUCAGUGUCAUUUCCUUGCGCUUGUAAGACGCUCCGAGGUCGUUAGGCAUUUUGGGGGAAACGUUGAGGAAUGUGUGCGACUGACGCGCUCCAUCUGAGUGAAGGCCAGCUCCAGGCUCUGUGUACCAUUGAUCUGAUGAUGGUCAAACUCCGCUGAAGUGAAAGCUUGUGUGAGUGUGUGUGUGUGUGUGUGUGUGUGUGUGUGUGUGUGAGUGAGUGAGUGAGUGUGUGUGUGAGUGAGUGAUUAUUUCUUUGCUCUUGGUUCCUGGAAGCGCGAUCCAAACACUGGCGGGGUGUCGAGCACCGUGCAGCUCUGAAGAUAAUGAAAGAGAAGUCGAAAAAUGCGGCCCGGACGCGGCGGGAGAAGGAGAACAGUGAGUUUUAUGAGCUGGCCAAGCUGCUGCCGCUUCCCUCCGCCAUCACAUCUCAGCUCGACAAAGCCUCCAUCAUCCGCCUGACCACCAGCUACCUGAAAAUGAGACUGGUGUUUCCCGAAGGUUUGGGGGAAUCAUGGGGUCACGUGAGCAGAGCCAGCUCUCUGGACAAUGUUGGCCGUGAGCUCGGAUCCCAUUUACUACAGACUUUGGACGGGUUUAUUUUCGUGGUCGCACCGGAUGGAAAGAUCAUGUACAUUUCGGAGACUGCUUCCGUGCAUUUAGGCCUGUCACAGGUAGAGCUGACGGGGAACAGUAUUUAUGAGUACAUCCACCCCGCUGAUCAUGAUGAGAUGACCGCAGUGCUCACCGCGCACCAGCCUUACCAUUCUCACUUCGUGCAGGAAUAUGAAAUGGAGCGCUCUUUCUUUUUGAGAAUGAAAUGCGUCCUGGCCAAAAGAAACGCAGGCUUGACGUGCGGCGGCUAUAAGGUGAUUCAUUGCAGUGGCUACCUAAAAAUCCGUCAGUACAGCUUAGACAUGUCUCUGUUCGAUGGCUGCUAUCAGAACGUGGGUCUGGUCGCCGUGGGUCACUCAUUACCCCCCAGUGCGGUGACUGAGAUCAAACUCCACAGCAACAUGUUCAUGUUCAGAGCCAGCCUGGACAUGAAGCUCAUCUUCCUUGACUCCAGGGUGGCGGAGCUUACUGGCUAUGAGCCACAGGAUUUAAUAGAGAAGACUCUUUACCAUCACGUCCACAGCUGUGACACCUUUCACCUACGCUGUGCACACCACUUGUUGUUGGUGAAGGGUCAGGUCACUACAAAGUACUACAGGUUUUUGGCUAAGGAAGGUGGCUGGGUAUGGGUGCAGAGCUAUGCAACCAUUGUACACAACAGCAGAUCCUCCAGACCUCACUGUAUUGUCAGUGUGAACUAUGUCCUCACGGAAACUGAGUAUAAAGGUCUUCAGCUGUCCUUAGACCAAGCGGCAUCCAACAAACCAUCGUUUACCUACAGUAGUCCCUCCAACCCGGUCAGCGACAGCAGGAAGGCGAAUAAAAGCAGGGUGUCCCGCACCAAACCCAAAACGCGCCUCUCUCCUUACCCACACUAUCCAGGCUUCCACACUGAGCGCUCCGAGUCUGAUCAAGACAGUAGUCCAUGGGGUGGGAGUCCUCUGACUGACUCUGCCUCCCCACAGCUAUUAGAGCAAAGUGAAAGCAUGGAUGCAUCCUGUGUGUACCGCCAGUUCCCAGAGCCCCGCCCUCUGUGCUACAGCCUGCCUCUGUCUGAGGAGCAUCACACAUCCAGCGAUCACCAAGGUCACAGUAAUUCGCAGACCUGCGAGCGUGGCCGCUGUGAGGCUGGCAGAUACUUCCUGGGUACUCCACAGUCUGGGCGUGAGGCGUGGUGGGGCGCCGCCCGAUCGCUCCUGCCUCUACCCAAGUCCCCACCUGAGAAUGGAGAUGGGUAUGAGUGUGCAAUGCCCCACAUCACCUCCAUCCACAGCCUACAUGUGAGAGGCCACUGGGAUGAGGACAGCACGGUCAGCUCUCCAGACGCUGGCUCAGCCAGUGACUCAGGCGACCGAUAUCGAAUUGAGCACUUCCGCUCGAGCCCACAGGAGCCCAGCAAGAUCGAGACUCUAAUCCGGGCCACGCAGCAGAUGAUAAAAGAGGAGGAGAGCCGGCUGCAGCUGAGGAAGAGUGGUACUGAACCAUCUCUUGGGUCCGCUAAUGGUCUAGCUAAGAGCACCAGCUCCUGCUUCAGUAAUGAGUUUGCCCAGUCAGCGCUUCAGGGAGUUGUGUGUCGGGGUUCAGCUCAGGUGAUCAGCCCCGCCCCCAGCCCCACACCUCUGUCUCGCCUCAGCAGCCCCAACUCUGAUCGGUUGGGCAAAGCCAAAGACUUCCUGCAGACUGAGAUUUCGUCUCCGCAGCAGCAACAGCUGGGCCUUGCGGGCUCCUGCGCCGUCUCUCCCACCCCCGCAGUCUACCCCUCUCAUCCACGCCAGUAUCUGGACAAACACACUGCCUACUCACUCAGCAGCUACACACUGGAGCACCUCUAUGAAGCAGACAGCUUCAGAGGAUACGCACUAGGCUGUGCAAGCUCCUCCCACUACGACAUGACCUCUCACCUGCGCAUGCAAGCCGAGCAAACCACCAGCCAUAAAGGGACCUCCGUCAUCAUCUCUAACGGCAGCUGACGCUCAGACCCUGACUAUGUCUCCCAAAAGAGACAAAACACUCAGUAGUUCAGUAGUGUCCUGUUCUGAGAGCUUUUAUGUUUAUAUUUGCAUUGCUUAGAAGGAUUCUAGACCUCAGUAUUAAGGUAACUCCAUUCAUGCAUUUAAAGUACCGAUGAUUCAGAGGAACAAUAUUUUGAAAAGUCACUAUUGUACAAGAGUAGCUGUUUAAGGAGGUUUUUAUGUCACAAAGUACACUACAGUUUGGGAAAGGAAGUGACUGGUCAAGGAGAAAGACUAAUGUUAUAAACAGGGCUAUGUCCCAUUGAGGAAAAAGGCAAAAAUCAUAAUUAUUGAUGAAUACAAAUUGAGAUUAUCUACACAAAAAUGUAAGUGCAUCAGUAUCAAUCAGUAUUUUUUAUGUUGUUUUUUUGUUUUUGUUUUUUUACUUAUACAAUGGAUUGAAUGAUCUAAUUGUCUAUAAUGAUUAUGGUGAUUUGAGUGACAUUAAUCCCUUUUGAAUUGUUGUAUUUGAGUGCUCUCACUCCCAUUUAUGUCCCAUUCAUUGUUUUCCACAUGCAAAUGAAUUAUUGUUUUAAAUAUAACCCAAAACUGAUGAGACAUUACAUUUUACCAUUGUACAAAAAAAAAUCUGACACAUCUUAUCCAAAUCUAGCAGCAAUCAGACCUUAAAAAAAAGGUUUACAGUAAUGAAUUGGUUUUAAUUGGUGGGUUUCAUCACAAGUUUGAUUUAAUAGCUGCAAUAACGUCACUAUUUCUGAUAACGAUUGGAAGACGUUCGAGAAAUAUAUACAUUUUUGUUUCAGAUUCUAAAUACUGAAUUAAAUUGUAAUGGUUUGAUGUGUCAGAGUAUUUGUCUUAUAUCAGCAUUUGACUUCAACAAGCAAAUAUUCCACCACUCUAGUACAAACAGAGCCAAACUGUGCUGUGGAAAUCAGUGAGGUGGUUUACUGCAAAUCAUAGCUGCAGUGAACUUCUGACUUUUUAGCAGUAUAGCUAAAUUAUCCCAAUGUUUCAAUUCUAUUGACCUUAGUUGAAUAUAUUUCACACACAUGGCAUGAUGUGGGAAAUGGUGUGGCUGCAGGCUGUAACUGGUAAAGCAGGAUGUGGAAUUCUUUAUGCGAUUGUGGACUGCGUGAAUGUGGUGUGAUGGAUGUGGAAGAAGGAGGUACAGUAAUAGGAGGUGGGAUAGGUCUGGUGGUUUGUGAUAUGAAACGCGGAUACAGACUGACAGGGACAGAGCUGUCUGAGCCUCAGCUCGUCCGUCUCCUCUGCUCUCAGGCUGCUUUCUGGCCGGGAGAAACUGGCUCUCUUUGAGACUGCAGUGUUUUCUUACAUUGAGGAAAAUCCUUCUCUAAAUUUAUUUAUGAUGUAAAUAAGCUCAAAUAUGUUUUGAUGCACAAGUGGCAAAUGUAUUUAUUAUGUGAAUGAAAAAAAAAGUUUUCAUUUCGGUUUUAAAUAUAGUUCCAGUCAAA